GUGACGUGGACGUGUGAAUAGGGUGAAAGUAGUGUGUGGUUUACGCACCCAAAACCAUCGUUUUUAGAGUGGCUGACACAUACAACAUAGAGGUGGAAGAGAUUCUUAGCAAGUUUCUGCAAUGCAUAUGCUAAGACGGGACAAGAAAGACGAAGAAGAUGGAGGAUCAGCCAACCCAUUCCAGAACAUGGAGAAGAGUGCCGUCCUACAGGAGGCACGCGUCUUCAACGAGACUCCAAUAAAGCCAAGGAAAUGCUGCCACAUCCUAACCAAGAUUAUGUUCAUCUUAAACCAGGGUGACCACAUUGGUACAAUGGAAGCGACUGAAACAUUCUUUGCUAUGACCAAGCUAUUCCAGUCAAGUGAUGUAAUGCUGAGACGUAUGUUGUACUUGGUGAUCAAGGAGAUGGCUAACAUAGCGGAGGAUGUCAUCAUCGUAACCAGCAGUCUGACCAAAGAUAUGACCGGCAAGGAGGAUAUGUACAGAGCUGCAGCCAUAAGAGCGCUGUGCAAGAUCACUGAUACCACCAUGUUACAGGGUCUAGAGCGUUACAUGAAGCAAGCUAUCGUGGACAAGGUCCACAGUGUAUCAAGUGCUGCUCUUGCAUCAUCACUGCAUUUGUUGAGUCAGAGCCCUGACGUCGUUAAGCGUUGGGUUAACGAGGCCCAAGAGGCAGCGUCCAGUGACAAUGUGAUGGUCCAGUACCACGCCCUGGGUCUCAUCUACCACAUCCGUAAGAACGAUCGCCUCGCCGUCACUAAACUCGUCGGAAAGUACACUCGCGGCGGACUGAAGUCCCCCUAUGCUACCUGUAUGUUGGUUCGUAUUGCCUCCAAGUUGCUGGAAGAAGAUGAAGCUGGACACGACAGUCCUUUGUUUGAUUUCAUCGAGGGAUGUCUGAGGAAUAAGAGUGAGAUGGUGAUAUAUGAAGCGGCUCACGCCAUUGUCAACAUGAAGAACACCACGGCCCGCGAGUUGGCUCCGGCCGUCUCUGUCCUACAGCUCUUCCUUAGCUCUCCUAAACCAACUCUGAGAUUUGCCGCUACCAAGACACUCAACAGGGUUGCCAUGACUCACCCCGCAGCCGUCACAGCCUGCAACCUGGACCUGGAGAACCUGAUCACCGACGUCAAUCGCAGCAUCGCGACGCUGGCCAUCACCACCUUACUCAAGACGGGCAGCGAGGGCAGUGUUGAACGUCUGAUGAAGCAGAUCGGGACGUUCAUGUCGGAAAUCUCGGACGAGUUUAAGGUGGUGGUCGUGCAGGCCGUGCGCUCUCUGUGCACUAAGUUCCCGCGCAAGCACGGCGUCAUGAUGACCUUUUUGUCCUCCAUGCUGCGCGAUGAGGGUGGUUUUGAGUACAAGCGCGCCAUCGUUGACAGCAUCAUCGUGAUCAUAGAGGAGAACCCAGAAGCCAAAGAGGCCGGCCUCGCUCAUCUGUGUGAGUUCAUUGAGGACUGUGAGCAUACCUCUCUAGCUACACGCAUCCUGCAUCUAUUGGGUCGUGAGGGCCCACGUACCCAAUCGCCGUCUAAGUACAUCCGCUUCAUCUUCAACCGGGUCAUCCUGGAGAAUGCUGCUAUCAGAGCUGCUGCCGUCAGUUCCUUGGCCAAGUUUGGAGCUCACUGUGAAGACCUACUCCCUAGUGUCAUUGUCCUACUGAAAAGGUGUCUGCUCGAUGGGGAUGAUGAGGUACGAGAUAGAGCCACUUUCUACUUGAGAGUUCUAGAACAGCAGCAGAAGGCACUCAACUCUGCCUACAUCCUCAACAUUCUGUCAGUGUCUAUCGUUGGACUAGAGAGGGCGCUCCAUCACUACACGCUGAGCCCCUCGGAGACCCCCUUUGACAUCAAGACUGUGCCCCUGGAGACGCAGCCUCUUGCUGAUCAGAAGAUUCCAGACUUGAUGCAGUCUGCUAAGCAGAGUGAUAAGCCAAGCGCACCUGUCCAGGAGAUCUAUGCAGAACAACUGGCAGCUAUUCCAGAGUUUGCGUCCCUGGGAACUCUCUUCAAAUCGUCGAAGCCAGUGGAGCUGACCGAGUCAGAGACAGAGUACAUGGUCCGAUGUAUUAAACACACCUUCGCUGAACACAUAGUGUUCCAGUUUGACUGCACCAACACCCUAAACGAUCAGCUGCUAGAGAACGUGACUGUUCAGAUGGAGACUGGCGAUGGGUUCGAGACGGCUUGUUACAUCCCCGCCCCCUCUCUCAAGUUCAACCAACCCGGGGUCUCCUACACCUGUGUGACAUUGCCUGAAGAUCCAACAGGAGUGACUGGGUCCUUUACCAACACGCUGAAGUUCAUUGUGAAGGAUUGUGACCCCAAUACUGGUGAAGCUGACGAUGAUGGCUAUGAUGAUGAAUAUGUGCUUGAAGACAUUGAGAUCACCGUGGCAGAUCAUGUCCAGAGGGUCAUGAAACCCAACUUCCUUGCCUCUUGGGAGGAGGUUGGAGAAGAGAAUGAAGUCAAUGAGACCUUUGCACUCUCUGCCAAAACCCUGGAAGAGGCCGUCACAAACAUCAUCGGGUUCCUUGGGAUGCAACCCUGCGAGCGUUCCGACAAAGUGACAGAAGGCAAAAGCUCCCACACCCUCUGUCUCGCAGGGGUGUUCCGAGGCGGCCACGACACGCUGGUACGCUCCAAACUGGUACUCCAAGACACGGUUACCAUGCAGAUAACUGUGCGGAGUACCGAUCCCACUGUCAGCGAGAUCAUCUCGUGUGCAGUGGGCUAGAAUAGGAGCGGCUAUAGUCUGGCGUCUAUUCCAUUAUUAAAUCGUACUUCAGAUAAUAACAUUAAACAAUAAGAUAACUAGUUGAUAGGUUAAUCUAUAUAUCUCUGCUGUUGUUGCAUUGGUGCAAGAAUUCUUGUAUCUUGAUUAAGUAACCGUGUUGUAUCUUGCUCAACAGACCCGCCCUGCGUUAUAUUGUCACCGUUUUCAUGAAGGGCAAAUUUAGCCACUGCAGCCAAACUUUCAUGUUUGGAAGCUCCGUUUUUGAAAUUUUUGUUUCGGAAACUGUUUGCCAACGACAUUUUUCCCAAGCAUGAAAGUGGAGAUCCUAAACCAUGCAAAAAUGUUGUUAUUUUAAUCACAUAAUGUUUAAAUUAGGUCUGUGUGCAGUGCAUCGUCUUCAAGCCUUGUAAGCAUAGAAUGCCUAGUAGCGUGGAGUACGCACGGGCACAAGCCAAAAAUUCCCCGACAACCCGUGAAAUACACUUGAUGAAAGUGUAGAAUUCCCCAAUUCGUAAACGCCGAUUCCUUGCGCCAGUAAGCAGAGCCAUGAAAAUGGGCCUCAGUCUAUGUUUAAGAUUUCACAUCUUGCUGGGUGAUAAAAUGAAUAAUUAUGAAAAUAUGAUGGAUAUUCAUGAAAAUAAUUCUGACAGUAUGAAUCUUCUACAUUAUAAUUGGACCAAUCUUUGUUAUUGCUUUGGGCAUUAGCAAAGCAGUUAAGAAAGGUCAUGUUAAUAAUUUGUGCAUUGUUGGUGUAAGGCUGAACAAAUACCAUUUGGCAUAAGUACAACACUUCCUUUCUACGGAACUGUUAAAAAUUAUAAAAUAUAUUUUGUUCCCUCUGUGUACACUUAAAGGAACAUUACAGACUUGGUUUGUGCUAACAA